AAACCCAAGGGGGGCUCCCCUUCCCUCCUCCCCCCCCUCCUGGGGAGCAGAAAGGCAGACGAAGGGGUGGCGGGGGGGCACCCACUUCCUUGCAGCUGCUUUUUGUGAUGUAGCCGCCCGGCAGGGUGGGCGCACACACCCUCCAGGCCGCUGUCCCAGGGCAGGGAAACUCGGGGUGCAAAAUGGGGCUGGGGUGUCAGGCUGGAUUGUCUGCAGCCAGAAAGGUGCUUCUUCCCUCUCCGGGCCUGCGGGGCUCAGGAGGGUGGAGGGCCCUCUGUGUCCACAGCCAGAGAGGUCACGGCCGGAGACUCCCAAUCCGAGGACCCCCGGGAUCAGGUCACGCCGGGGGCUUGACAGGCGGCACUGAGCAGGCGGCGGGCACCCGGGGGCUCAGACCGUGCGGCCCAAGGUUCUUCUCCCUGACCCCGGGGGUCGCGGACUCCCUCAGAACCGGAGGAGAGAGCGGCGGGCGGGAAGGGCUCUCCCUGCGGGACAUCGCCGAGCGGAUCCGACGUCGGGAAUGCCACCGUCUGGUGGUCAUGGCGGGGGCGGGCAUCAGCACCCCCAGCGGCAUCCCGGACUUCAGGCCCCGGGCUCCAUCCAUUCCGCCGUGCAGGUCCCCCGGGAGCGGUCUCUAUAGCAACCUCCAGCAGUACGCCAUCCCGUACCCCGAGGCCAUCUUCGAACUGGCCUUCUUCCAUCGCGACCCCAAGCCCUUCUUCACGCUGGCCAAGGAGCUCUACCCCGGCAACUACCGGCCCAACUUCGCCCACUACUUCCUGCGCCUUCUGCACGACAAGGGCCUCCUCCUGCGUCUCUAUACCCAGAACAUCGACGGGCUGGAGCGGGCGGCCGGGAUCCCGCCUUCCAAACUGGUUGAAGCUCACGGCACCUUCGCCUCGGCCACCUGCACCGUCUGCCUGAGGGAGUAUCCCGGGGAGGACUUCAGGGGGGAUGUGAUGGAAGGCAGGAUCCCGCGCUGUCCGGUCUGCACCGGGGUGGUCAAGCCGGACAUCGUAUUCUUCGGGGAGCAGCUGCCCCAACGGUUCUUCCUGCACGUGGCCGACUUCCCCCUGGCCGACCUGCUGCUCGUCAUCGGAACCUCCCUGGAGGUGGAGCCUUUCGCCAGCCUGGCCGGAGCCGCCCGCAGUUCCACCCCUCGCGUGCUGAUCAACCGCGACGCGGUGGGGCCGUUCGCCCGGGGCCCCCGGGCCAACGACGUGGCUCAGCUGGGGGACGUCGUCAGCGGCGUGGAGAAGCUGGUGGACCUGCUGGGCUGGACCGAGGAGAUCCGGGACCUCAUCCGCAGAGAAACGGAAAAGCUGGCGGCCCAGGGCAGGUAGGGCAUGGCCGUGCCCGGCGGCGGCCCACGACGGCGGGGGCGACCGGGGCGGAGAGGAUGGGCUUGGGGGGCCCACCGCAACCAUGGAGGCCCCUCGGGGCGAAGGACACCUGCUUGGCCCCCGGGCCGGGAGGACCACCCAGCUGGGACACGACACGAUGACGACGACAA